AUAACCACUCAUACAUCCAUCUUUACAAAAAUUCUUCUAACACAUUGUUGCCUCUUCCCAAACCCUCCCACUCCCUGUCUGUCUGCCUGUACUGGUACGAGUAUGUUAUUCCUGACAGCAUUCCCUCUCCCUGACUAUUCUCCACUCAUAUAUUUUUUUUCAUGCAAGUAUAUUAUCCAAUUAAUUUUCCAUCUUCAAUCCAUUAUCUAAUUCUGGAUGAUACUUUCUGACCUCUCUAAAGACUUGCACGAUGUGAACUUUUUUUUUAGUUUUUCUUCCCUUUGCCAGUGUCCGUCUUUCAUGAUAAAACGGCAUAUCAACCCUAGCACAGUGUUCCCUCUUUCUAAACCUUUCUCACUCUGUUUUUACAAGUGCAUUAUUCCUGCUAACCCCGCUUUCCCUCUCCCAGAAUCUGUCUCUCUCCAUCUGUCUAUCUUUACGUGUUUGCUUAGUCCUCCUGACACGGUUUCUUCUUCGUCCUACUUUUUUUUGUCUUUUACUAGUGUAUUAUUACUUGUGACAGUUUCCUCUUUCUUACUAUUUUCCACUUUAUUUGUCUUUACAAGCAUAUCAUUCCUUUUGACAGUGUUUGCUUUUCUCGAAUCUUUCCUACUUCCUGAUAUAUCAAUGAACCUUGGCUUUAAGUUGACUGUUAUAGUAAAUGAUACCUGUAUAUGUUUUCAAAGGCCAAUAAACUUGUCAGUUCUAAUGUCAAUGUCAAUAUAUUAAUCCUUUGUUUCCCGACGUGUCCCCUCUAUUCGAGUUUUUCCAAUGUCUGCUUAUCUUUACAUGUAUAUUAUCCCUUCUGACAGUGUUCCAUCUUUUCCAAGCUUCCCUCUGCCUGAAUCCUCCCACUCAUAUCCGUUCACUUUUGCAGGCAUAUUAAUCAUGACACUGUUUCCUCUCCUCCAAUUUUUACACUCUAUUUUUGCGGUGCAUUACCUUUGACGCAGUGUUACUUCUUCUUAAAUCUGUUCCACUAUUUGUAUGUCUUUACAAGUAUAUAUUUUCCUUCUCUCUUUGUCGUUGCUAAUUCCUUUUCCCGAUGUGUCCCCUCUUUCCGAUCUUUUUUUCACUUUCUCUGGUCUGUCUUUACAAGUAUAUAAACCCUUCUGAUGCAAUGUUCUUUCUUUCUGAACCUCUGUAUGUCUUUACUAAUAUUUUUUUUUUCUUUUCAUGCCGUGUACCUCUUUUUUUUUCUGGCUUUACGAGUAUAUGUUUUGCUUCUGACUGUGUACCCUCUUCUCGAACCUUUUUCCGCUCUUUCUGUCUGUCUUUACUAUUGUAUGAUUCCUUUUAACGCUGUGUCACCUCUUCCCUCGAUACUUCCCCACUCUCUACCUUUCUUUACAAGUAUAUUAAUGUUUCUGAGAGUGUUCCAGCUCUACGUAUGUCUCUUCACAAGUAUAUUAAUCAUUCUGAUACGGUGUUCCCUUACCCUGAAUCUCUAUCACUCUGUACGUCUCCUUACAAGUAUACCAAUUCUGGCAGUGUGUUCCCUCUUGCUGAAUCUUUCCAAUAUCUAUUCGUCUGUCUCUAUGAAUAUACUAGCCAAUCUGACAAUUUCUCCUCCCCAAACCCUUGCUAGUAUAUGUCUAUGUUUCCAAGCAAUAUUAUUCUUCCUAACCCCGCGCUCCCUCUCCCCUCAGGCGUGGGUCUGGCGGAGGGGUGGUGGGGUCAGCCGCCGGAGUUCGGAGUGACGGACAGCAAGGUAACGGUGCAGCAGGGGAGCACUGCCAAGCUGCCCUGCGUCGUGUAUCACCUCAAUGACAAAUCUGUCACGUGGCUAAGGCGGCGCGACCUUCACAUCCUCACAGUCGGUCACCACACCUACUCUGCUGACCAGCGAUUCCAGGCGGUGCAUGCGGAGGGCAGCAACGAGUGGACGCUGGUGGUGCGCUACGCUCAGGUUCGCGACUCAGGUGUUUACGAGUGUCAGGUGAACACGGAGCAGAAGAUGUCGCGGCCCGUAACCCUACACGUGCACGAUCCUCAUCGCGUGGUGACUCAAACCAAAGUAUUCGUCGCAAACAACACAGCCUCCACUAAAGACGGCAAGCUUCGGGUGGAGAUCCUUGGACUCCGCGAGAGGUACAUUGAGGAAGGCUCGUCUCUCACCCUCACUUGCCUGGUUACCUCGGCACGGAAGCCCUCCACCCUCGUGUACUGGUACCAUGACACCAGCCUUAUCGACUACAACUCCCCGAGGGGCGGCGUCGACCUCAAGAUCGAUCGCAGAAAAGGACAGACCACAGCUCGUCUGGUGGUGUCUGCAGUGGGACCUGGAGACUCUGGCAUGUACUCCUGUGUUCCCCAAGGCUCGCACCCGGCCACUGUCCUGGUUCACGUGCAGAGAGGAGAACACGAAGCUGCAAUUCAGCAAGGAGGACUCGGAGAAACAUCCUCUUCCUCCUCCUCUUCCUCCUCCUCCUCCUCUUCUUCCUCCUCCUCUUCCUCCUCCUCCUCCUCUUCCGCUUCUUCCUCUUCUCCCUUCACCGCCUCGCCCUCUCAUCUCUUGCUCACUCUCCUCCUCACAUUUCUAUCUUUAAACCUCUCACUAUUUAAUCCAGUUAUUCUCUCACUUCUCUCUCUCACUCUCCUCUCACUCUCUCCUUUAAGUCACGUGCUUUAUUACUUUUCUCCCUUGUCUUUGUUUUUUUCCUCCACUUGUCUCUUUCUCUUCUUACUUUUGCUCCACACAUCAAAAUAUUGCUCUGGUUCUCUCCUCCACUUCCUCCCUCUUAAUAUUUAAAUAGUUUUUUCUUCUUCUUCCUCCUCCUCCUCUUCUUCUUUUUCUUCUUACUCCUCCUCCUCUUCUUCAUCAUCCUUUCACGUUUUCAUGACUAUUUUCGAGAGUCGAAUAACCUGAUUCAUGCACAGCAAAAUACGGAAAAUAAAGAAAAUUACGUUAUAUUUUUUCUUCAAGGAUACCGACAUACACACACACACAGACACACACACACACACACACACACACACACACACACACACACACACACACACACACACACACACACAGUUACCUUCGCCUGCACUACGUAACCUUCUCUGAAUUUCAACACAAUCUUUUAAGAAAUCUUCGUCUUGAAAUACUACUACCACCACCACCACCACCACCACCACCACCACCAUCACCACCACCACCACCACCACCACCAUCACCAGCACAGACACGUUCA